AUGGACGUUACAUAUGUGUCGUCGAGGCUGCUUGGCGACUCUUGGGUUUUGACAUUCACUAUAGGUUUCCUUGCAUCGAGACACUUAGAAGGCGAGAAGAGUGUGAGUUUUAAGUCAAGCAAUAAACUGGAGAAUGUGGCUCGGAGGGCUACAAUAAGGCUUAGCAAAUUGGAAGGGUGUUUUGAAGCUAAUAAAUUAGUUCCUGAAGCAAGAGGAUACACGUAUGCCGAAUUCCCGCAGGCCUUUACUUGGAAAGAUGACCAAUGCAAGUGGAAAAUUAGGGAGCGUGGUCGUAAGAAAGGAUCAACCUAUUAUAGAGACUUGCGCACUGUCAAUGGUAUUGUGUAUCCUACUUUCAAGGAGGCGUGCAGCAUUCUUGGUCUACUUAGAGAUGACAACCAAUGGCAUAUUGCAAUGGAAGAGAACGUUGUUCAUGCCAUGCCCAAUCAGCUUAGAUCACUAUUUGUGCACAUCUUAAAUAUUGAGAAAAUUUUCAAUGAGGUUAGUAAAAGCAUCAAAGAUUUCCCUGAUAUGCCAUUUCCAGAGUAUGGCUUUAUACAUGAAGUGGAGAAUAGCUUGAUGCUAUACAAAAACUUCAACAAGGAACAUCUACAAGCAUACAAUUCUAUUGUUAAAAGUGUUGAGACUAAUAAUGGUGGAGCGUUCUUCAUGUAUGGUAGUGGUGGUUGUGGUAAGACGUUUUUGUUGAAAACUUUGUGCUGUAGUCUGCGUAGACAAGGCAAGAUUGUGCUCCCUGUUGCCUCAUCUGGUAUUGCUGCUGUGUUGUUGCUUGGUGGUUGGACAGCCCACUCCCGCUUUCACAUUCCUUUGAAACUGGACCAGCACUCUACAGUUGGGAUUAAACAACGAUCUGAAGUAGCAGAAGUUAUAAAACACAGCAUCGAUGUUUCAAGAGCAGGUUUACCCUUCGAUGGUAUAACAAUUGUGUUUGGUGGAGACUUCAGACAAAUUUUACCGGUCAUUCCAAAGGCUCCCUGUCCACAAAUUGUUUCUGCAUCAUUGAAUUGGUCUAGGUUAUGGGAUCCCUGUACUGUUCUAUUACUAGAGCAGAACAUGCGCCUCACCUCUGGCAGGACACCCGAGGAGAAGAGAGAGAUAGCUGAAUUUAGCCAGUGGGUGCUUGAUGUUGGAAAUGGGAAAGCCCCUACCAUUGGCAACAAGGAUGAUCUUAGUGGUCCUAAGAUUGUUAGUCCUGAUAGAUUUAUUAUUCAUUCCUCUGCAGACCCGGUCAAAGACAUCGUCGAUAUCAUCUACCCAGACCUGGCUAGCAACACGUUCAAUGUAGACUAUUCUAGGCAGCGUUUAAUUCUAGCUCCAACUAAUGCAGUUGUUGGUGACAGUCAAGAUUGUCUUUCUGACAAUUUUGGUGAGAGAAACGACUUCAAUUCUGCAUUUCCUGUGGAGUUCCUCAAUUCUAUAAAUAUGCCGUGUAUUCCAAAACUUGAGUUAAAGCUCAAGGUUGGUUCUGUUGUGAUGCUGAUGAGGAACUUAAAUCAGAUAAUGGGAUUGUGUAAUGGUACACAGAUGAUUGUGAAAAAGUUAAUGCCUAACAGCAUUGUUUGCGAGAUUCUUUGUGGAUCACAAGUUGGUACAACUCACAUAAUCCCUCGAAUUGAAAUGGAACCAUCCGACAGCAAGUAUCCUAUAGAAUUCAAACGAAUACAGUUUCCAGUGCAGCUAUGCUAUUCCAUGACUGUUAACAAAAGUCAGGGACAAUCCCUAGAUAAGGUUGAAGUUUAUUUACCGCGUACAGUGUUUUCUCAUGGUCAGCUCUAUGUAGCCGUCUCUCGAGUGACUUCUCCUUCUAUCUUGCACAUCCUCAUAGCCAGUGAUAGCGAUGGAACAACAAAUGGCACGUCCAAUGUUGUCUACGAGGAAGUCUUCUAUAAUCUUCCAAGCUAG